CCGAGCAGUUUGCGGCUUGGAGGAUCGCCCAGGCAUCCCAGCACCUCCAUCGCUGCAUGUGCCUGGUCUUGCGCGGCAGCACACUGCUCUGCCCUCGAGAUGCCAGCAAUCUUCUCUCACAGGAUCACCCAGCUCCAUGAGGCCGCGAUGGUCCUGCUGAUGGUCGCCAUGACCCUGCUUUCGCUCAUAGCCUUCAUGCGACUGUCGCAGCAGCUGCCUCGGUCGCACUGGCAAACCAACCAACGCUUGCUUCUGCGGACUCUGCCAACAACGCCGUGGGUGCCAUACAAUCUCUUCUCCAACCAGUGCUCCGUCAUCAUUCCGUCCACCUUCGAGAGCCCCGGCACCGUCGUCAACAGCAACCAGGACUGCUUCUUUACUCUCUCAAUGCUUGAUGCCUCGCUGCCGCCGAGCGACCCCGAUGCCAACGGGCAGUAUCGCGUUUCCGAGCUCCUGAUUCCACUGCUCCGGAUCCUCGGUGUGCUCGAUGCGUCCGGCUCGCUAACUGGGGCUUACGGAGGCCGCAUCGGCCUCAGCGUCGAUCUUGUCGUCCGGGCCCUGAUCAACGAGACGCUGCAUCCGUCGCUUGACCCUGCUCGAGACGAUCCCGUCAUCGGCUGGAUCGAGCUCCUGGGCACAUCCAGCACAUCAAACUCAAGCGGUCCGCUGCUGACAAACCAAACCUGGAUCCUCGUUGAUGUCUUGGAUCGCAUGCGGCGCCUGGCCGACCUCUACGAACGCAACACGGCACAUCGCCAGAGCCUGCCGCGCAUCUCCGAGCAACUGCUACUCCGAAACGGAUAGCUGGACCCACGCCAGCACCGCCCAUGGCCGCAUCCCCCAUCCUGGCAUGAAAUGCAAUAUCAAACCCAUCUAUUUGUCAUUGAUGC